AUGGGGAGAAAUCGCCCCAUAGCUGCAGCCAGCUGUCAGCAAGUGAAGAUCUGCCCCCCCGCACAGAACGGCUUCACAGCCUUGCGCAACAGCACGACUCCCGGUGCCACGACAACCACGACAAGUAAGCCGUCCACUACAACAUCCACGGAGGCCUCAACGACGACCACGGAGAAGUCGACCACAACUACCAAGAAGGCUACGACUGCAACGACCACCCGCCCAGCCACCACCACCACCAAGCGUGCUGUGACGUUCGACAUUGUCACUACGAAGCCUCCUCCCCAUGCGGCUCCCGUGCUUAGCCACGCCCCACCGGUGACGUUGCCAUCGGACAUGUCUCACGAGCAGCACGACCAUUUGAACGGGGACGAGUGGAACGCCCACAUCUCCGACCACUGGGGCAUGCACGGUGGAGGUCAUGAGCCAGUACAGGAAGCAGAACCCUGGAGCAUCCACACAGAUGCAGGUGCUACUGAGCAUGAUGAAGCUGAUGGGUGGCACGACGUCCUUCAGCACGGAGACGACGACCAUGCGAGCCAUCCCAUGCCAGAGGAUGAGAUGCACCACAUGGAUGACAUGCACCACAUGGAUGACAUACACCACAUGGAUGACAACAUACACCACAUGGAUCCCAUGGUCCAUGAGCCUGAGGAAAUGGAGCACGAGCUGCCACACGUGCAUAUUUCAGUCGAGCCGCCACCUUCUGGCUCUGCACCUCUGGCUGUGGAAGACUACGACCAUCCCAUGCCUCCGGUGGCACCGCCGACCCCGCCGCUGACGGAUCAGGCCAUGAAAGAUUCUUCAGCCGCUGGAGAGGAGGCAGCAGAUGCUGCGAUGCAGAUGGGCUUGCCAGCGGAACGACAAGCCUCUGUUGCUGCUGCAGCUGCAGCGGCGGCUGCCGCAGCCGAUGGAAUGAGCCAUGAUCAGCAAGCAGCUGCAGCGAAGGAAGCUGCCGAUCAUGCUCGCUGGUCUGCGGGCACAAGCUCCACCCAGCCACCGAUCCCGGAGCACUUUGAGGACCCUACAAUCGAGACUUGGCCGAUGACGUUCAAAGCGAAAGGCUGCCACAAGGCUGCCUGUGGCCCAAUUGAUGGGCUGUUCCAUGAGGUUGGCGAGAACGAGGGCCAUCCGAUGUAUGCCAAAGACGGUGAGGAGGAUGUGACAUUGUACUUCCUCAAUCACGAGAACAUGGCCAAGAGGGGUUGGUGGGUGGGCACAUUUCCAGGCUCUACGACGACGUAUGCCUUCAAUCCGUCGGAGGAUGUACUGCCUCCUAUGUUUGGAUGGCAUGUGCCGUGGGACAGCCCUCUCCCAUACGUGGGCUUGGAGUUUGUCAAGACAGAAGAUCACGGGGCAGAGUUCGACAAGGCCCAAAAAGAAAGCAACCACAGCCACAUGGCCCCAGAGGAAUGGGUGCACACUGCGGAGCAUCUGGAACAUCUGGAGCAUUCGGAGCAUUUGCCAACGGAGCCCAUGCCAGCCUACGAAGCAAGUCACUGCCUCAACGAGAGCGUUGCUCCGAAGGGCUCCUGGGUUGUCUACAAUGGCACCGACGGAGCUCAUUCUCAGCUUCCAGCCUUCUGCAAAGGCUUCGACUCCAAUGCUCUUGUGCCGGAGGAAUGCUGCCACAUCCCAAACCUGCCGAACAUUUUCAGCGUCAAGUUCGAGGAGGUCUACGUUCAGCAUGGCGAGUGUGCCAGCGUUGAAGGUCACGGCCUGUUCCUGGAGUCAUUCAAAAUAAAGCUGAGAUGCAACAGUGACAAUUCCAUCAUUUACGGGCAUGAUUGCAACGCGGGCUGCCAAUGUGGAUCCGAGCAUGUCUACCAGCACGGAUGCUAUCGUGGAGUUGAUCGGAUUCCGUCAACGACGUGGUUCUUCAUCGUGGGCGGCUGUGAGUGUGAUUCAGGGCUACCAACGCCAUACCAGGCCAUCACGGGCCACGCAGGGCCGGAGCUGCACAUUGACGAGCUUCCCUCCAUGGAGGUGAGCGGUGGCCAGGAUCCGACAACUGCACACGUUAUUGUCGGGGUCUACAAGCCCGUCGGCAUCCACCAUGACAAGCCGAGCUUCAAGAAGACAGCUUCCUCCACCGAGGACGAGGUUUCCAUCUACUACGGCCCCAGCAGCUCUGGAGAAGCCGAAGGCUGGUGGAUCGGCUCCGGAGCAGGAACUGCGCAUGUGUAUGCGUUCAACCCCAACAAGGAGGAGCUACCGCCCUUCAGAGGCUGGAAAGCCCCUUGGUGGAGCGGAGUGGACAUGACGGUCAAGGUUGACAUCGUUGACAAGGAUCAUCAUCGCAGCGACAGGGUAAGGGACCUGCAGGAGCACGAGGACCAUGAGGAUCAUGAUGAUCAUCAUGAUCAUGAGCCUCACGAGCACGACUUCUCCGACGAUCUCGACCCACAUGAGGACGAGGCCAUGAAGCCGGAAGAUGUCAUGCCGCCAGAGGAUCACUCGCACGGCGAACAUCACCCAGAAUUGGACCAUUUUGCCCCGAUCAUGGACGCUUUUUCCAAGGCGAAUGAAGGUACGAAUCAGCAGAUCCUAAAAGCUUUGAAAGCAAUGAUGGAGCACAUGAAGGACGUCGAGAAGACGGUGGAGGAAAUGCAGGAUGAGAUGCACCCCGUCUCGCCUGUACAUCCCUUGGACGAGGCCGAAAACGCUUCCUCCUUGUCGGCUAAAGCUCUAACCGCUAGUGGCUGUUCUACGGAAGCGAUGCGCGACAAGAUAGAAGGGAAAUUCUCGCCGGCGGGAUUUUACCUGGGGCGGCCAGUGUACCACAGGCAGUCCGGAGAACAUGUGUUUAUCUACUACCACCACGAUGGAGAUGAUGCCAGUCUUCACGGAUGGUGGUUCGGACCUGACACGAUGGAGUUCGGAACCAGCCAGAACUGGGCCUUCAACAGCGAGGAUUCCGUGACUCCUCCACUCUCCGGCUGGCACGUGCCAUGGAAUGGGCCGGUGGAUCCCGCUUUCAAGCUUACAGAGGCGGCAGAGGAGGCUAUCAGCAUCAUCAAGAAUCACAGUACGCCUCCUGAGGAGCACAUCGAGGAGCCAAUGCAAGUGCCCACAGAUGGUGAUCCUCUUCCACCUGAGACGACCCCGCCCAUCUCUGAAAGGCCAGAGCACGCGAAUCUGGUUCCUCCAUCGGCGUUCAACAAGGACCUGAACCCCGAGCAGGCACGUGAGGUGAUCCAGGACCAGGCCAAGAUCAUUGCGGCCGCUGUCAAGCAGCUGUCAAGCGGCAAGGACCUGGCAGACCUGGUCUUCGGUAUCGACACGAAGAUCAUCCCCCACGAGCCACCCAGCGAUGAGUUCAUUGCGCGACUUGCACAGGAUCCAAAGCUUGCAAAGAAGGCGCUCGAAAAGCUCGUCACGGUCCUGUCGGAAGCCAAUCGGAGAUUGGAGUCAGGGGAGGCCUUCGCUGACGAGAUCUUCGGCCGCCACAUGGACAAGUGGUCUGCCGAGGCCGAGCCCAAUGCCACAGAGGUCUCCGCUCUUGCCUCCACAACUUCGACAACCGCACCCUCCGACACGGAGCCGCCGAUCGCGAACUCGGCUGCCGCGCCGCUGCUCAAGACUGUCGACAAGGUGGCUACUGCUGCCAAUGCAGCAGCGGACAAGGCCAGGAAGUGGAAGGCUGCGGAGAUUGCAGAAGCCCAGGCCCAACACGAAGCAGAGCAGGCCAAGAAGGAAGUGGAAAAGAUGACCGUUCAGGCCGCAAAAGAGGAAGCAGAGAAGGCCAUAGAGCAGGCAGCCGAUGAGGAAGCAAGGGAAGCAAAGCAGGAAGCGACUAAGGAGGCGGAGUCAGCCGAAGGCGAAGCGAAAGACAAAGCCACCAAGGUUGCGGCCGCCAAGCAGAAGCUCGAAGAGCUGAAGGGCCAGGUUCCAAAGGAAGCGAAGGAUGCCGCAGACAAGGCCCUGCAUACAGCAGAGGAGCAUGCACAAAUGAAGGAGGAGAAGGUGCACGAGGCCAGGUUCGCUCUGGAGGAUUUGGGAGCAGAAGCUCCGGCAGAGGUCAAAGAAGCCGCAGAAGAGGCUUUGUCCAAGGCAGAAGAGGAAGCUGAUGCUGCCAAGACCGAGGUCGAAGAGGCACACCACACCCUGGAUGCCAUGAAAAGCACGGUGACGCCCGAGCAACGCCAAGCUGCCGAGAAGGAGCUGGAGCAGGCACAGGAAGAGGCCAAGCAGGCGGAGGCCAAGGCCAAGGAUGCUGCCAAGAAGGCCGGCGACAUCAAGCUGACCAGCCACGACCCGGCGUCCGACAACGUGCUGUACACUGACAGCCAAGUGAAGGAGGAGAAAGGCGGGGCCGUCGUGAUGGGCUCGGAACCGCAGACGGACACCGAGAAAGACCUCCAGGAGCAGCUUGCGGCGCUGCAGUCCAAGCUGACAGGCAUGGAGCGGCUCCAGGUCAAGGACAAGUUGGACGACCAACUGAAAGACAAUCUUUCUGCCUCGCUAAGCCAAGACAGCGAAUUGGCGGCCUCGGCCAGAGACGUGCAGGUACACGCCGUGAAGGCACCGCGCGCCCUGGCUGAGAAGUCCGGGGAGGAGCCUGAAGUCCUCGUCGCCACGAAGGAGCAGCAAGCCAGACCGAAGAAGGGAAAGGGCAAGGGAUCCGGUGUGCUGCUAGUUGUUCUUGUCCUGACGGUCCUCAUUGGUGCCUUUGCCGGUGCAGUAUUCCUGAAGCGCCGGAGGAAGACCCAGGGGACGCAGGAGGCCAAGGCAGAAGAAGCCCAGCCGCUGCUGGAGCAGAAGGAGGCCAACGGCAAUGCGGAGGCCGGUGCCGAGCCAGCGAAGACAGCCGGCGAGGAGGAUGACGCAGGAACGUGGAGAGACUUCGCAGAGCAAUACCAGGCGCAGAUGGAAGCGGCAUCUCGGCUUCAUGGAUUGCAAAGGAACAGGAUGCACGGGAUGAAAUUAAUUGAUAGUGCAGUGGUGACCGCAGAGCCUGCAUCGAAGGAUUGGCCUCGGAAGCGCUUCGUGAUGUUGCCAUAA